AGCAGCACCAAUGGAGCUGCGUGGAUGUGACACAUGGGAAUUUCUGACAUAUCUCUUCCCACUCUGACCUUGACAGACACAAUAAAAAGGGGCUUCACUGCACACCCACAGCCAAUCAGUCCUAUAACCAAGGGCUCACAAGUCUUUGGCUUCUUCUUUCUUUGCUGCUGCCCAGUCUUCUCCCUCCCGGCAGGCAAGAUGGCUAUGCUGGACUUGAGCGAGUUCGGGGAGGCUGCUGACUUCCUCCGGAAGAGCUACACAGAGCAGCUCAAGCUUCAAACUAUCCCAUUUGAUGGUAAGAAACGAGCUUGGAUCCCAGAUGACAAGGAAGCCUAUGUUGAGGUUGAAAUCAAAGAAAUCUCUGGUGGCAAAGUCAUCGUGGAAACCAAAAAUAAAGACACCCGGGUUGUCAAGGAGGACGACAUCCAGCAGAUGAACCCUCCCAAGUUCGAUAUGAUUGAGGACAUGGCCAUGCUAACGCACCUCAACGAGGCCUCGGUGCUAUACAACCUGAAGCGCCGCUAUGCUCACUGGAUGAUCUAUACCUAUUCAGGUUUGUUCUGUGUCACCAUAAACCCCUACAAGUGGCUGCCAGUCUACACCUCACCCGUGGUAGCAGCCUAUAAGGGCAAGCGGAGGUCAGAGGUCCCGCCCCACAUCUACUCCAUUGCGGACAAUGCCUACAACGACAUGUUGCGCAAUCGUGAGAACCAGUCCAUGCUUAUCACGUAA